AUGCCUCACCCUCACAACACCCUCGGUAACGAUGAGUGGUUGCUCAAGGGCGACAGCCUGUGGAGUGAGAAUGGCGUCUACGAGCUCAGAAUGCAGCAAGACGGCAAAAUUGUGGUGUACGAAAACGGCCACCCAAAGUGGCAGAACACCAAAGAGCAGCGUUAUGACGUGAAAGGCAUCAGAAUGCAGGCAGAUGGUAACCUGGUCAUCUACACCGUCGGCGACGAAGCUGUCUGGCACUCUAACACCGCCCCCAAGAGGGACGUCAUCCUUGUCAUCCAGAAUGACGGCAACCUCGUUCUUUACGAGGGCAACCCAGUUUGGGCCACUUCGACCACCCCCACCGCUUAG